AUGGGUCUCUUAGACAAGCUGGCCAGCAAGGUCGGCAACGCGGGCGCGAGACCCAACUCGCAACAGUACGGUGGCGGAGGUGGCUACAGUCAACAGCCUCCAUACCACCAGCAGAACUCGUAUGGCGGCGGUCCAGGUGGGUACGGCGGCCAGUCUCCACCCGCUCAGCAGAAUCAGUCCUACCCUGCUGCCGCCGCUGCAUCGCCACAACCACACUCGUCAGAAAAGCCAACGGAUGAUAACCGACCUUUGCCAGAGGGAUGGGUCAAGCAAUGGGAUAGCAAUUACAACCGCUACUUCUACGUUGACACCAAGGCCACACCUCCUCGAUCCAUAUGGGUUCAUCCUAACGAUGAAAACAGCGCCUCUUCUGCUGGUGGCUACGCCCCACCUGCCGGUCCUCCCGGCAGUGACAACCGUGGAUGGGGUCAGCAGCCACAAGCCUACGGUCAGCCACAGUACGGUGGCUACCCACAACAGGCUCCUUACACUGGCGGAUACGGUCAGCAACCCACGUACGGUCAGCAGCCCAUGAUGGCCCAGGGUGGCCGAUUCGGCGGUAUGGGAGGCGGUAUGGGCGGUAGUCGCUUCGGUCGCGGAGGCGGUGGUGGUAUGGGUAUGGCCGGCGGUGCAGCCCUUGGUCUCGGUGCCGGUAUGCUCGGUGGUGCUCUCAUUGCAGAUGGCAUGAACGACUCAUAUCAAGACGGUUACCAAGAUGGUGCCGGCGAUGACUUUGGUGGAGGAGACGACAUGGGCGGCGGAGACUUCUAA